UUGGUGACGGACAACUGCGGCGUGCCAAGCCCCCCCAUAAGGAGUCUGUGUGUGCAUGUUAGCAUGAGAUGGCAUUGCUAACUUUAUUUCUCUCUUAUCCUGCGUUUGUUUGUCUCCUGUGCACGCUGAUCUUUUUAGUCUCCUAUUUUUCAACCAGCUCAGGAAAAUCAGCUUUUAAAUUGCCACCUGGUCCAAAGCCUCUGCCGAUCAUUGGCAACCUGCAUUUGCUGGAUAUUAAGAGACAAGACAAAUCCUUAAUGAAGUUUGCCAAGGAAUAUGGGCCCGUGUAUACCCUCCAUUUCGGAUUCCAGAAAGCCGUAGUCCUGACCGGCUAUGAAGCCGUGAGGGAUGCCCUUGUCAACUUCACAGAAGAAUUUGUGGACAGGCCGCCAAUACCAAUAUUUGAGGAGAUUCAGCACGGCAAUGGUGUUUUCUUUUCAACUGGAGAACUGUGGAGGACGACCCGCCGGUUCACCAUGGCCAGUAUGCGCAAUCUUGGAAUGGGGAAGAAAUUCCUUGAGGACCAAAUUAUUGAAGAACUCUGUUUCCUUAUAAGGAGCAUUAAAGCUUUUGAAGGUAAGCCUUUUGGCCUCAGGACCUUCAACACUGCCCCCACCAAUAUCACCUUUGCCAUCUUGUUCGGGGAGAGGUUCGACUACAAAGAUCCGGUAUUCCUGACUCUGUUAAGACUCAUUGACGAAGUGAUGUGCCUUCUUGGGUCGCCACUCUUGCACCUGUUCAACUUCUACCCCUUCCUGGGUUUUUUUUUCAACGUCCACAAAACGUUACUCCAAAAAGUCGAAGAGGUCCGCAUCAUUAUCCGGGAUUACAUUAAGGCUAGCAAGCAAGACAUCCACGCCAACGGCCUCAAAAGUUAUACGGACGCAUUAGUCUUCAAGCAGCAAGAGGAUGCAAGCAAGAAAGAGAACCUUUUCCAUGACGACAACCUGAUAGCAUCCAUCCUGGAUCUGGUCAUGGCCGGCACUGAAACCACUGCGACAACGUUGCAAUGGGCUGUACUGCUCAUGAUGAAAUACCCCUCGAUUCAAGAGAAGGUCCAAGAGGAAAUUGAGCAUGUUGUGGACCCGGGCAGCUGGGCCUCCUAUGAAGACCGGAAGAAGCUGCCUUACACCAAUGCGGUGAUUCACGAGAUCCAGAGGUUUAUCACCUUGCUGCCCCACGUGCCUCGUUGCACAUCUGUGGACACUCAUUUCAGGGGCUACUUUAUCCCAAAGGGGACAACGGUGAUCCCGUCCCUCACUUCUGUGCUACUCGAUCCAAGUCACUGGGAGACCCCCUAUGAGUUCAACCCAGGCCACUUCCUGGAUGCCGAGGGGAAGUUUGUCAAGAAGGAAGCCUUCAUGCCCUACUCCCUGGGGCGCAGGAAUUGCAUGGGCGAGAGCCUGGCCAAGAUGGAGCUCUUCCUGUUUUUCGCGGGCUUGCUGCAGACAUUCUCUUUCCAGCCACCUCCCGGCAUCGCUGCCUCGGCCAUCGACUUGACCGUCCCUAAGACCACCUUCACUCUGAGACCCCAGCCGCAGCUAACGUGCGCCGUCUCCAGGGAGUGAAGCCAAUGCCGCUGCACAGCACGGGAGGAAAACGCUCAGACUCCGGGCUGCGGGCACCAAGUCCCCGAACGAACGCUAAGCCGGGAACGACCACCGGUCCAUUACUCUCUGCUGCUCCCCAGUGGCCGGCUUUUGCCAUAGCAAUCACUUUCUCCACCUCUUUCUGCGGCUCAUUCUGCCCGCUCUUUGCUCUCUGCUGCCCCCACGCGACCGUAGAAGAACAUCGCUACCACUCUUCCGUUCUGCAACAAUCUUUGCAGCCUCUCUUGGCAUAUUCAGCACAUACAUAUAAAGGUGCGUCCGCACGCUGUUGGGCAUCGUUGCACUGUCGCAGUUUCCCUUUGUGGAAGCGAUUGCUAUUGCUUCAUAUCCAACGACGUGUCCAUGCAGCCCGUCAGUUCUAAUAGGGUGCCAGUUCAGAGUCGCUAAUGCCUCCCCAUGUGCAGUGCAGGCUAUAGCAAGCACUUUCCGCAGACGUUUUCAUGGCUUAAUUUACAGUGGCUCUUUGGCCAGCCUCUUCUGAUCGCUGCCGUCCCUUCGGGUGUUGGUAUUAGCCAUUUCAUACCUAUUGUGUAAUCCUUCGCUGCCACCCAGUGGCGACACCUUAUAAAUGCAGCCCUGUUUUUCCCUAACGAAGAGCUCGAGAUAUUUUAAAGUUAAUGGACUGGA